GGGUAAAUAUGCGCCUGUAAGAUGGCAAUAUCCUCAGUGUCUUUUAAAGAAGAAUAAUAUUUGAUACGAUAUUUAUUUUGAAAUGACUGAAGUAAAAAAAGAUGAUGUCAUUAAAAUAUUACAUACAUAUCCUCUUUGUAGAAAAUGUGAUAUGUCAGAUGAAAUGAAACAAGAAGCUAUGGAAUUAUGCGUCACUGCGGCGGAAAAAUAUGCGGACAAUUAUGAAAGCGUUUCACGAAUGAUCAAGGAAACAAUGGAUAAAAAAUUCGGUGCGUCAUGGCAUACAGUUGUUGGUGAAGGCUACGGAUUUGAAAUAACUUAUCAACUUAAACAUCUAUUAUAUAUGUAUUGUGCUGGAAAUUUAGCAAUAUGCAUAUGGAAAUCAGCAUAGUGCAUUUCUACUACAGGUUUUAUUUUUUCUUUUUGAUUUGAAAAAUAUGAAAUGCUGGUCCAAAAAAUAUGAUAUAAUUUUUUUGUUACAAUUGUAAAAUUUACGUGAUGAAUUACAACUGAGUAUCAUAUUUUUUAUAUUAAUUUGUAAGAAUGUAAUUUACAAUAAUUUUUUUAUAGAUUGUUAUUCUAUUUAGAAUAGCUACUAUAUUAUAUAUUAUAACAAACAAUUAAUAGUAUAUUUUUAAAAAUAUAGUUUUAUUCAUUGGAAAAUGAAAUGCACAUUAAAUAAUAUAUAAUGUAAUAAUUUUAAAAUGAAUUAAAAAUAAAUAUUAUAUAUGUACAUAAUAUGAAAGUGAUUUUAAGUUACAUAAACAAAAUUUAUUAUAUUAUUUACUGAUAGUAGUAAUAGUAUUAGAUAUAUUAAAAGCAGCAAUAGUAAUUGUAACAGAUAAUAAUAAUAAUAAUAGUAGUAAUAGCAGUAGUAGUAGUAGUAGUAGUAGUAGUAGUAGUAGUAGUAGUAGUAGUAGUAGUAGUAGUAGUAGUAGUAGUAGUAGUAGUGGUAGUAGUAGUGGUAGUAGUAGUAGUA